AUGUGGAAGAAGACGACAUCAUGGCUCCUCCUGGCCGCCGCCUCUCUCGCGGCGGCCUCGGUCGUGCCUCACCACCUCGACGCCUCCGCAUCGCCGUCCCUGCCGUCCGCGCCCAAGACGGCCGAGUUCGACCUCGAAAUCACCUGGGCCGAGUACGCGCCCCUCGGCGUCCCGCGCAAGGUGCUGCUCGUCAACGGCCAGACGCCCGGCCCGGAGCUCCGCUUCGACCAGGACGACGCCGUCACCGUCCGCGUCGUCAACAACUCGCCCUUCAACACUACUCUACACUUUCACGGCCUGGAGAUGCACGGCACCCCUUGGUCCGACGGCGUCCCCGGCGUCACCCAGCGCCACAUCCGUCCCGGCCGCUCCUUCACCUACCGCUUCGCCGCCACCCAGCACGGCAGCUACUGGUACCACUCCCACGCGCGCGACCAGAUCGAGGACGGCCUGUACGGCGCCGUCUUCAUCCGCCCGCGCCCCGGCACCCCCCACCCCUUCCACCUCAUCGACCCGGCCGCCGCCGCGUCCCGCGCCAUGGAGCGCGCCGCCCACACCGCCCGCACCCUCGCCGUCUUCGACCUCCUGCGCGUCACCUCCGAGGAGAAGUGGGCCGUCACGCUCGCAUCGGGCAUCGAGAUCCCCUGCUACGAGAAGUUGGUGUUCAACGGCAAGGGCCGCGCGCGGUGCCUCCCCGCCGAGCUCAUGAGCGCCAACCUGACACCCGUGCAAAAGGCGGACCUCGCGCUCAUCCCCGGCUCCUCCCUAACCGACCGAGGGUAA